AUGUCCCACUCACAAACUGAGCAACAACAACUGCCAAUAGAAGCAACCCGUGAUGAAGAAGAUUCUGAUUCUUGGGAAACAGAAGAAGAAUCGGAAGAAAAUGAAGAUGAUUAUGAAGAAGAUUUUGAUGAUGAAGAGGAUUCCGAAGACUAUGAUGAUGAGGAAGAAGAAGAAGAUUUUGAUGAUGGUGAAGUACAUGACGUCAUUUGCUUUUCCGAGUCUAUGGAUGCAACUGAAUAUGAACAAAAAAUUAAGACCAAAGGAGCCAUCAUCUUGCAACACCCAGAGGAGUUUUUCAGGAUGUGUAUCUUCAACAAUGAAGGAAAAUUCAAAAACGAAGAAGAACUUGUUCGAUGUACCACCUUACUCAAUAAGAGAAAGUCAAAGGAAGAAUGUGAGAAUAUCUUGAAUGAAGAAGAAAAGAAAAUUAUUGCAGCAGAUCCUUACUCGUACACCAUUGUACUUGUAACUUCGAAAGAGGAUUACAAGAAGAAAACGCCAAUUACACAACUAGCCUCAUUCUUGCUUGAAUACAGUGAUACCUUAAAUGGAGCGAUUGUGAACGUGAAAUUUCUGGAUGAGUAUUUCGACUCUCGUCACCAUGCUGAUCAUAUCAUUUAUUCAGAUGACAAUGAUUUUACUAUUGGGUUACCUUUUCAAAGUUAUUCUCAUCCAGUGCUAUUACUCUAUGGUAGAGAACAAUCAAAGAAUGAAAUGAUUGAAUAUUUCAAAGAACAUGAAGUUACAGUGCUUAGUAAGGAAGUUUAUGACUCACAAUCAGUACUUUUAGGGGAUUGUACAAUUAUCUUGAGCGAUGAUUUCUUUUUAAAGAAACCAGAAGAAUUAACAUUGGAGGAGAUUGAUAUAUUACAUUUCUAUAUACACACCAAUGGAAUUACAUUUUCUAGAACCAAAGAAUUAUUUGAUGAAUGUAAAGAUGUUAGCACGGACGAUUACGACUCCUGUGAGGAAAUGCUAAGACGAUCCGGAUACUUUAAUCAAGUGUACAAUUUUUCUGUGUUCAAAAAACGAAAAGACAGACGCCAUUUGCUGGACAACAAAGAAGUAGAAGCCUAUUCUCAAGAUCUUGCUUCCCUACCAGCUGUUCCUGAGCAUCAGCGCCUGAGUAUCAAGAUUCCUAAUGAAAUUUUUUAUCACAUUAUUCAAUUCAUGUUGCCUUCCGAAAUUUUACAGUUGAGAUUGCUGAAUAACCUCUCAAAUAUAAUGUGCCUACAAGACUUUGUAUGGAAGCAAGUAUGCUAUCACACAGCCAAACGAUUCAAACAAUUUCUAUCUCCAUUCUUAGAAGAUAAGAUUUAUGACAUGCCCUAUUUUUUGAUUUACAGAAAUUAUAUUAAUCCACUCUUGAUUGAUCUCAAGUACAUUCAUCGAGUGUUUGAUUUACCAUUGGUUGACAAGAAACUAUUAGAAGAGUCCAUAUCAACUGCAUUAUUUAUAGACACAAGUCUAUGUAAAGAUGAAGACAUUCCUAUUGGAUCAACAAAAAUGGGAGGAGCAUACGAUAUGCCAUCAAAUUUUGAUACACAAAAUAUUGUUGACCACUCUUUGCUGUUACAGUUGAAUUUGGAAGAGGAUCAGAAAGGUGGUUUGUUUGGAUUGUCUUACCACAAUUUGUCAAAAAGACUUAAAUCGAACACUUGGAUUCCAAAAACAGGAGUCAUGUAUUUCUUUUACAAGAUGGAUAGCGAGGCAAAGGUGUUUUAUUUCAAUGGCCCAAUUUCUAAGCUUACAAGGUUUGGCUCUGGACUUGAAAAGAGCACCUUUAGAGUAAAAUUUUAUGAGGCUCUCGAAGUGAAGGACUAUUCAGAAAUGCAAUUUACGACUGAUUUUUUGAAGUUUGAAGAAGAGUACAGUGAAGAUUUGUCAUCUUCCCUAGCUCAGUUUAUUCAUGCUCCCUACAUCCAAUAUGAACCCCACAAACUCUUUGGACAAUGUCCUGUUGUUCCAAAAGAAGAUUUCUCAGACUAUGACAAUGGAACUGACUCAUCGAGUGAGGAUGAUGAGGAAGAAGACACUUACGGCUAUUUGGACUUGAAUGAGUUUUUAUUUCCCUUGCUGCAACUUUCAAAAGAUUCCAAAAUUCAAGAAAACAAUAUUUUGGCAUUUGAAGACCAAGCUGACAUUAACUUCUUGGUUGAAGGAGAGCCUGAGCACUUUGUGUUUGAUAAAGACAGUUCAUGGAAGAAAGUACUGGAUUGUGGAGAUGGUCAUGGUUUAUUUCAGCUCGAUGAAACCUUCCACUUUAGCUAUGGAAUCACUGAACGAAUUUUCAACAAGUUCAAAAAACUUGGCAAAGAGAAGAUGGUGAAAAAGCGUAGCGAGAUGUAA